CCAAUCUCUAUACCUCUAGGCGGCUCCAUUUCCACCAAAUUAUUUACUUUCUUGAACGCAACUCCAAUCUUCCGCGCCAGAUGAAUUUUCUUCGCUAUAGGCAGACAUAGAGCUGCGACUGAGAAUUGUAGUAGAGCUCAAGAAUUUCUUUGCCCAAUUGGGGAAACCAAGAACAGCCCCGAUUCAACCUUCUUCCGAUCCGUUCGAAUUCAUUUUUAUGCCGAUUUACCGACCACGCGAUUCCGAUGAGUUUGGGUCAAUCUAGGAAUGCUGCUCUUCCGCUGCUGAAUCUUGUGAAGCUAAAAGGAGUGCCCAUUUUGCAGCAACUGCAUCUGGAGGAACGCCUGCUACGAACUUCAUCCCAUAAUUGGUGCAUCAUUAAUGACGGAACCAACACACCCACCAUUGUUAUGGGUCUCUCUGGCAAACCCACUGAACUUCUUGAAAUCAAUUCUGUUUUACGAGACAAGAUACCGGUUAUCAAAAGGUUUACUGGUGGAGGUACUGUAAUAGUUGAUCAUGGGACAAUAUUUGCAACUUUUAUAUGCAAUAAGGAUGAUGUUCCCAGUGUACAACCGUAUCCCCGACCUAUCAUGUCAUGGAGCAGCUUAUUAUACAGUAAGGUGUUCCAAGGAGUUGGGGAUUUCUACCUUCGUGAAAAUGAUUAUGUAUUUGGCGACCACAAGUUUGGUGGAAAUGCUCAGUCUAUAACAAAGAACCGGUGGAUCCAUCAUACAUCUUUUCUAUGGGACUUUGAGGUCUCUAACAUGGCAUAUUUGAGUCUUCCAAAGAGGGCCCCUGAUUACAGACAGGCAAGAGACCAUUUGGACUUCAUAUGCCGCAUGAAGGACUACUUAUCGAGGUCACAAUUCAUCAACCGGACCAUCGAUGCAGUCAACUGCCAUUUUUCUGUGAGAUCAAUGGAGGUGGAAGAAGCUGAGCUUUUGUGUGACAUGAAAUUUUCACCCUCUUCUAGGCUACUUGAGAUGCAAGAAUUGAAGUCAUUGUGAUUUUUCAUCUUUCAUAUUUUUACACAUCCACUCCAGUUUAAUCUGUAGCAAAUAAAUGUUGUAAAUUUAGAACCUUUUGAGGUUAUGUAUCUGGGUAGCCGGCCUAA